AUGGUGAUGACGCAACGUCAAAGCCAUGGCGACGCCAACGCCACUUCAGCAGGAGGAGGUCCGAGUGUAGCAGUGCCCUCGAGAGGCUGGAGGGAGUUCUGUGAGCUGCACGCCAUCGCUGCAGCCCGGCAGCUGGCCGGACAGUACCGGAGCUUUGCCCGAGACCACCCGCAACAUGACGUGCUCCCGCCCGAAGCCUUCUCCAAGCAGUUCACAGACCUCUUCAGGCAGCACUUCUGCUGCGAGGUCGAUAAAGACGGCGCCCCCCUCAACCCGACCGCCUGGCCCGCCGCCUCCGGAUGCGCCUCCUCCCCGUCCCCAGCGGCCUCGCCACUCCCGUCGCACGCCGUGAUCAGCCGAUCUCGGAUCGCGUCCCUGUCCGGGGCGCAGGACUAUCGGGAGGCCGGCCGGCCUGGUGGGGGGGCCCAGCUGGUGUCCAAAGUGGAGUCGGUGGUGGUGAGCCGGGAGCAGGAGCAGCCGCUGAGGUGCGCCGCCGGGAACGCCUUCCCGGGAUCCCGCAGCAUCGUGGGCCUGUCGCCGGCGCCCUGCAGCCGCAGCAGCGAGGAGGUUUCCGGGGCCGACCAUCACCAGCCGUCCGAGCGCUACUCCUCCGACUCCUCCGUCUUCAGCCCGGGGCACGCCGACGUCACGCACUUCUCCGUCAGCCAGAUCCAACAGACGGUAAGGCGGCUCCUGAAGAAACGGCCCCUCCCCAGCCCCCGGUCGUCCCAGGACCUGUCUCCUAGCAACCCUCACCCCACCAGCAACGGCAACAAUCCGGCAAACAACUGGGACAGAGUCGGUGGAACUUCUUCCGCCAACGAAGAAGGCUCGUCCUCGUCCUCUUCCUCCCACACUUCCUCCUGUCCGAGCUCUGAAACGGCGCCCCUAGCUUCCUCACACCGCCAGGGGGUGGUCUCGCAGCUCCUCGAUGGUUUCCGCUGGUUACGCAGCCGAAGCAUGAGGCACAGGAGGCCUGAGGUGAGUGGUUGCUGUAAAGAGGGUCAACUCAAGUACUUGCUGGUGGACGACACUAUCUCGGACUCUCAGCCCCACUGGCAACGCUGCCGCCUGCUGGUCAGGAGGAUCAGGGACGCACAAAGUAGCACAGGAAGAGGAGGGGGCGAGAGGUACCAGCUGGAGCUCUACGACCCUCCAAAGGGAUCGAGUUUCACGACACCUAGAAAUGCAGCCCGAAAGCGACCCAGUCACCUACUAGGAACGUCUAAAGGAAGUCGAGCGCCUCGGAGUCAUGUGGUCAAGAUGUUUGUCAGCUCUCCCGCGCCGCCUCCUUCGUGGCUCGGCGUGGCCCCGGCUGCAGAGGAGGCUGUCACGCUGCUCUCCCCCCCCCCCACGCCGGCUCCAAUGAAAAAUGUGCCGCAUCUGUCUGCGUGGACAGUUAAACCCCACAUGAAGCAGAGUCAUGAGCGAGCCGGGCUCAAAUCGUCUAGCUCUGAGGCAGCAGUUCAGAAGCAACAGGGCUGA